AUGGCUGACUGGAGGACUUUUAACGUCGUGGUUUUGGGCGUGGGAUUCUUGUUUAUUUUUACCGCCUUCACCACCUGUGGAAACAUUGAACAAACUGUGGUGAAAAGCCUACAGAAUGACACCUUCACAGGAAGCGGAUACCACAGUUUGGGAAUCAUCUAUGGAGUCUUCUCAUUUUCCAACUUGUUGGCGCCAGCCGUGGUGGCGGUGCUUGGACCAAAGGUGACCAUGUUUGGGAGCGGGCUGCUUUACAGUGGCUAUAUCGCCGUCUUCUAUGAGCCGUCCACGUGGUCUUUCUACCUGACGUCUGUGCUGAUCGGAGUUGGUGCUGCUCUGCUGUGGACUGCUCAAGGCCAGUUCCUGGUGGAGAAUUCAGAGGCUUCCACCAUCAACAGAAAUACGGGCAUGUUCUGGGCUUUGUUACAAUGCAGCAUGUUGUUUGGCAACCUGUACAUUUACUUGGAGUGGAACGGAGAAAGAGAAAUAUCAGAUAGCAGUAGGAAGAAUAUCUUCCUCUCUCUGCUGGUGGCCUCAAUUGUGGGGACGCUGUGCUUUCUGGCGUUAAGGAGGACUCGCCUACCUGAGGAGGAAAUGCUCUCCGAAGAGGAAGGACAAUCGCUGCUUUCUACCCGUGUAGUGUACCAGCACAGAGCCAGCACAGCCCUAUAUGAGGUCAAGGCUGACUUCAAAACCAUGCUGCAGCUCUUGAAGACCCGUAACAUCCUCCUCCUGAGUCCCUGCAUGGCGUAUAGCGGUCUGGAGCUGUCCUUCUACAGCGGCAUCUACGGGACGUGCCUGGGCGCCACGACGCAGUUCGGCGAGGCGGCAAAAGGCCUUAUCGGCAUCUCGGGCAUCGUGGUGGGCUUGGGCGAAAUCAUCGGCGGAGGCUUGUUUGGUUUGGUGUGCAAGAACAAUCGCUUCAGACGCACUUCGGUCGUCUUCCUGGGAAUGGUGGUUCAUUUCGUGGCCUUCUAUCUCAUCUUCCUCAACAUUCCUGAUGAUGCGCCUGUGGUCUUCAACACCACCACCUCCAAAAGCCCCUUUCUCAUUCCGAGCGUGUCCAUCGCCCUGCUGUGCAGUUUCCUGCUGGGCCUCGGUGACAGCUGCUUUAACACGCAGCUCUACAGCAUCCUUGGGUGUGUCUACGCUGAACAAAGCAUGCCCGCGUUUGCCAUCUUCAAAUUCAUACAGUCUGUCUUCGCAGCUGUGGCAUUCUUCUACAGCGGUUCCACGCUGCUAACGUGGCAACUUCUGCCCAUGGUAGUGCUGGGCUUUAGCGGCACGCUCUCCUUCUUCGUGGCGGAGCGCAUUCAUGACGUGGAUGCAGCCUACACGGAGGCGGUGGAAUAA